UGUUCACAAAAUCAAGUGUUUCAGGACUUGCAAUGGCAAAGCUGGGAGGGGGCCAGUUGCCCUGGGAGGGACAGAGCAGAGACCUGACCCUCCCUCUCUCCUACUCUCCCUCUGCCGGUGGCGGUUUGCGUCCGGGUUUACUUGGCUUCUCUCGCUGAUUCACUGUUGCUGUGAAAACAGGGCUGAGCAUGCUGUUGAAAGCCACAGAAACCAGAGGAAACUAGUCAUGAAAACCCUGACUGUCAGCUGAUAGGUUUCUUCCUGAUAACUGCUAGUACUUUUUUCCAGACUAGAGCAAAUCUUCAGGAGCCCAUUAGGAUCCAGAGCUGCUUCCGCCCAAAUUGGCUGUGAUCUCUUUCCCCAUGCUUGAGGGCGCCGAGUUCUACUUUAACGUGGACCAUGGCUACCUGGAAGGCCUGGUGCGAGGGUGCAAGGCCAGCCUCCUGACCCAGCAGGACUACAUCAACCUGGUCCAGUGCGAGACCCUGGAAGAUGUGAAAAUUCAUCUCCAGACCACUGAUUAUGGAAACUUCUUGGCUAAUCAAACAAAUCCUCUUACUGUUUCCAAAAUUGACACGGAGAUGAGGAAAAAGCUAUGCAGAGAAUUUGAAUAUUUCCGGAAUCAUUCCCUGGAACCCCUGAGCACAUUUUUUACAUACAUGACGUGCAGUUACAUGAUAGACAAUGUGAUUCUACUGAUGAACGGUGCAUUGCAAAAAAAACCUGUGAAAGAAAUUCUGGUCAAGUGCCACCCGUUGGGCCGUUUCACGGAAAUGGAAGCAGUCAACAUUGCGGAGACACCUUCUGAUCUCUUUAAAGCCGUUCUGGUGGAAACACCAUUAGCUCCAUUCUUUCAAGACUGUAUGUCUGAAAAUACCUUUGAUGAACUGAAUAUUGAAUUACUGCGUAAUAAACUGUACAAAUCUUACCUCGAGGCAUUCUAUAAAUUCUGUAAGAAUCAUGGUGAUGUCACAGGAGAAAUCAUGUGUCCUAUUCUUGAGUUUGAGGCUGACAGACGUGCUUUUAUCAUCACUCUUAACUCCUUUGGCACUGAACUGAGCAAAGAGGACCGGGAGACCCUCUACCCUACCUGCGGCAAGCUGUACCCUGAAGGGUUGCGCCUUUUGGCUCAAGCAGAAGACUUUGAUCAGAUGAGGAGAGUAGCAGACCAUUAUGGAGUAUACAAGCCUUUGUUUGAGGCUGUGGGUGAUGGCAGUGGAGGAAAGACAUUGGAGGAUGUGUUUUAUGAGCGUGAGGUACAAAUGAACGUGCUGGCGUUCAACAGGCAAUUCCACUAUGGUGUGUUUUACGCAUACACAAAGCUGAAGGAACAAGAAAUGAGAAAUAUUGUGUGGAUAGCAGAAUGCAUUUCACAAAGACAUCGAACCAAAAUUAACAGUUACAUUCCAAUUUUAUAACCCAGUGUGGGGCCUCCAGUGCAGAACAUCUUAAAUAUUAAGAAGAGCUUCCAAGGAAAAUAAAAAGAGUUGUGUUAUCUGGGUUACACAAAAACAAUUCACAUUGCAGCUUCAUGAGUUGCAGACCCACUAGAAACAUAGUAAACCAACAGAAACAAAGUGAUUUUUUUUUUUUCCCAGCAGCCUUAAAUUUUGUUUCCACAUUUAUGUCUCACUCUUUACCAGACCUUAGACAUUAAUUCUAAUUAACCCUUUGGUACUUUUCCGACUCUUGUUUGGUUGUAUUAACAAUCAGAUCUAAUUUAAGUGUUUUACUCCUGUUUUCACUUGCUUCUCUGCAGGCCCCCAUACUGUCUGCUAUACUUUCCUUCACCUAGGUCCACAAAAAUCCUGGGUUGUGUGAGGCCAGCAUUGACCACAUGUGAUGAAAAUAUUGUUUUGUUUUUAAGAUCUGAUGUGAUUUUUUGAGAGAGAGAGAGAGAGAGCAUGUGCAUGUGCCCACAGGUAGGGGGUGGGGCAGAGGGAGAGAAUCUUCAAGCAGACUCCCCACUGAGCACAAAGCCCAAAGUAGGUCUCAGUCCCAGAACACACGAGAUCAUGACCUGAGCCAAAACCAAGAGGUGGUUGCUCAAUCAGCUGAGCCACCCAGGUACCUCCAAAUGGUAAGAUACUUAAAAUAGACAAUGUGAUGAUUUGAUGCACAUAUACACUGUGAAAGGAUACCCCCAUCAAGUUAGUUAUACAUCCAUCACUUCACAGUUGCCUCUCCCCACCCGCAACCUCCCACCCCUGCCCAGAACAUUUGAGUUCUACUCUCUUGGCAAAUUUCAGUUAUACAGUAGUGUUAUCAACUAUAGUCACCAUGUUAUACAUCAGAUCCUCAAACCUUACUUAUCUUAUAACUGAAAGUUUGUCCUCUUUUACUAACCCCCUCCAUAUUCCCCAGCCCCCAGCCUCUGGCAACCACUUUUCUACUCACUGUUUCUAGGAGUUAAGUUGUUUCCUUUUUUUAGAUUACACAUUUACGUGAAAAUUGAAAGGUGUAGCUAAGAUUUUAAUAAUUUUAUGAUUAGAUUAAAUAAUGUUUUUCUUAAGAUUUAUGGAGGCAUGGAAGAGUAGAUGAUAAUGGUUCUCAGCUCUCAGUGUCCAGAUCAUGUGGUUGUACAUAAGGAUUCACCCUGGUGGUGUGAUGACAGUGAUUUAUAUUGAAUAAAACUUUCAAACCCUCAAAGGCUUUUCAGUAGAAAGAUCAGAGGAAAAUUAUGCAAUAUCCACACAUGCAAAUACAUAAACAUAAAUCAUAGAGAAUAAAUACUUCACAGUUUAAUUGUCCCUUGUGCUAGGUAUAAUUCUGUGAAAUACCAGGUUUAUCUGAGCCAUAGAAUUUAACAUGAGUCGUUAACAGUGGUUUUAAUCAUUUGGGUUCACAUAACCCUUUAAGAAUCUGAUGAACACGGGGGGCCUGGGUGGCUCAGUCGUUAAGCGCCUGCCUUCGGCUCAGGUCAUGAUGCCAGGGUCCUGGGAUCCAGCCCCACAUCGGGCUCCCGGCUUGGCAGGGAGCCUGCUUCUCCCUCUCCCACUCCCCUUGCUUGUGUUCCUGCUCUCACUGUCUCUUUGUCAAAUAAGUAAAAUCUUAAAAAAAAAAAAAAUCUGAUGAACACUCUGGCCACUUUCCCUCAGGAUAAUAGACAUCUGCACAUUCACCCAAAAUUUUGCAUAGUUUUUGAAAAGACUAUGGAUCCUCUAAAAUCCAUUCGUGUGCAACCUAGAGGUCCACAGACUCCACGUUAAAAACCUCCAUUGCAUAGGCCACAGAAUAAAAGAAAAGUCACGGAUGAGAAAGUAUUUAAGAAAUAAAAGUAUUCCUAUACCCCUCCAUCUCUUGGAAGGGCAUCCUGUUUGGCUGAGCAAGCAUUUUCAAAGUGGAGGCUCAUGUUUUGGUAGAAAGGGCUCCUUGGGUGCCUGGGUGGCUCAGUUGAAAAAAGAAAGGGCUCCUCACCUGGCCAGCAAGGUCAGUCAUGUCAAUCAUGGAAAUGAUGGAGGGAAAGCAGUCACAAGCAGUUUGCUGUCAUACUAAAUUGAAAUUACGAUCCAAAACAUCCAACUUUACUUUUUGAAACUAUUGAUGUUCAUAAUCCAUCGAAUGCACUAACCAAUGUUACUGUUUUUUGCAAGAAGAGUAGGUGAAAACUUUGUGGAUUGGCUGAAAAUAAAUGCUGAUCUAUAAAUAUAGUCAACUAAUCUUUGACAAAGAAGCAAAAGCAAUACAAUAGACCAAAAAUAGUGCCUUAGCAAAUGGGGCUGGAACAACUGGGCAUCCAUAUGCAAAAAAAAAAAAAAAAAAAAGCUAGACACAAACCUUAUACCUUUCACAAAAAUAACUCAAAUGGAAUAUGAUUUAAAUACAUGACCUAUAUAAUGACCUAAAUAUAAAACAUGAAACUAUAAAGCUCCUAGGAGAUAACAUAGGAGAAAACCUAUAUGAUCUUGGGUAUGGUGAUGCCAUUUUUGAUACAACACCAAAGACAACCCAGGAAAGAGAAUUGAUAGCUGGACUUUGUAAAAAUUAAAAUUUUCUGCUGUGCAAAAGCCAAUAUCAGAAUUACAAGACAAGCUAUAGACUAGGAGAAAAUAUUUGCAAAAGACAUACCUGAUAAAAUAAUGCUAUCCAAAGUAUAUUAAAAAAAAAUUAGAAAGCAAACAACCUGAUUAAUAAAUGAGCCAAAGACCUUAACAGACACCUCAACAAUGAAGACAUAACAGGCGGCGAAGAAACAUGAAAAGAACUUAAAUGUCAUGUCGUCAGGGAAAUACAAAUUAAAACAACAAUAAGGUACUAUUACACUCCUAUUAGAAUGGUCAAAGUCCAGAACAUGGGCAACUCCCAAAGCUGGCAAGGAUAUGGAGCAACAGGAACUCUUUAGUCAUUGCUGGUAGGAAGGAGUUGAAACUUAUGUCCACACAAAAACCUGCACAUAAAUCUUUAUAGCAGCUU